CGGCGUCACAGCGCGGCGCCGGGGCGGGGCGAGGCCUGCGCGGGCCCCGGGCCGGCAGCCGCGGCCAUGGAGCCGGGCCGGCAGGCGCUGCCGCUGGAGAACGCCUCCAUCCUGUCCGAGGGCGCGCUGCAGGACGGGCACCGCCUCUGGAUCGGCAACCUGGACCCCAAGAUCACCGAAUAUCACCUCCUCAAGCUCCUUCAGAAGUUUGGCAAAGUAAAGCAAUUUGACUUCCUCUUCCACAAGUCUGGUGCUCUGGAAGGGCAGCCCAGGGGUUACUGUUUUGUCAACUUUGAAACCAAACAGGAAGCAGAGAAGGCGAUCCAGUGUCUCAAUGGGAAGCUGGCCCUGUCCAAGAAGCUGGUGGUGCGGUGGGCACACGCACAAGUCAAGAGAUAUGAUCACAAUAAAAAUGAGAAGAUCCUUCCAAUCAGUCUGGAGCCAUCUUCCAGCACGGAGCCACCCCAGUCCAACCUAAGUGUCAGUGCAAAAAUCAAGGCCAUUGAAGCCAAGCUGAAAAUGAUGGCAGAAAAUCCAGACGCAGAAUAUCCUUCAGCACCUGUUUAUUCUUACUUCAAACCACCAGAUAAGAAAAGGACUACUCCUUACUCCAGAGCUGCCUGGAAAUCCAGAAGAUGAUGCUUAUGAAUGGAUGAUGGUAGCAAGAAACACUGCUUUGUAUACCUGGAGUCCUCCAAUGCUUUUGUACUUUUGUAGAGUGGGAAGGACAAUGCCACCUGAGCAGGGCACGGCCAGCACAGCCUUCUGUCACACCUGAGGGUCUGCAGCUCCUGCCUGUGCAGCUCACAGCUGAAGGCUGUUCAGAGAAAGAGGUUCCCUUGAAAGCCUCUGAUGAACACACAGGCAACCUCUCGUUAGUGUGCAUUCAUUAGCCAGAUUAGAAACAGUAACCAGCGUUCGGAGUAAAGCACAUCCAAAAAUACUCCAUUUAACUGAUUACUUUUUAAAGUAUUUUUGAACAAAAUGUAUUCCAAUUCAUGUUUUAAUGGAAGGGGAAGCACUUGGUUUUGAUUAACAUUCUGUAGUUAUAAUGGAAAAACUUUUUCAUCUCAAUAAAACUAAUUUGAAAUAGAUCUUGCAACACCUUUAGUAACUGUGCAUGUGAUAUUUUAUAUGCACCAAGGCAAAUUGAUUUUGCAUUUUGAUUUGCACACUCCACAAUGUUACUUUAUGACAUGGUAAUGACACAGCACAGGUAUUUUCAGUGUCAUUUAGGCUGUAGGUGUGUGCCUGCAUGUAGGAAUUGGUGUACUUACAACCCACUGAGGUCUGUGCUGUGCCCUGAGCUUUGGCAUUUGUGUUCAGUGAUCCCUGAUGGUGGCAGCUCCUCAUGAGCCAGGUGUGGCAGUGUGGGAGUAACUGCAGCCUCUGAGACAUCUGCAAGCCAUGAAUUUGGUGUUUGCUCCCUGUCCUGCCCAGCUUUGGUUUCCAUGGACUGGCAAAGGUGGUCAGCUGCCUCUGGUGUAAGGUGGUACCAGUGUUCCUGGUGAGCUGGGACUGUCCCAAGGGCCAAAUCCACAGAUCUGAUGGAAGGCAUUGCUCUGAAGCAUCAGCACAUUUUCCCUCUAAAUGUCUGCAAAAUAGAAAUCUAAGGAACACACAUUUUCUGGCAGCAUUUUUCUCCUUUGUGCACACAGUGCUGUGGCUGCAUGUGCCAGGAGGAUGUCAGAGAUCUCGUCCUGGUGACACUGGUCUGAUCUUGCCUCCCCUGUCCUGUCAGACCUCAUCGGUCACUCUUGAGCUGCUCCCCCCAAGCUGGUUAAUGGUGGUCUCUAGCAGGAGGAGAAAAACAAUUUGGGAAGAGCCCCAGUUCGUGCAGGCAGGAGUGGCUCAGUGGCACAGCCCAGGGAGGUUUGUAUUCCUGCAGCAGCAGCUCACCUCCCUCCAGGCAGAGCUGGCUUCCUGCUGCCAAACCCAGCACCUGGAACGAGCCGUGCCUGUCUGUGGCAGAGGAUUGUUGAAAGCCUCAAUUGUUCUAAAGUAGGUCUUGUACUGUUAAUGUUUGUUUCCUAGUUUUGGGUACCUGAGUAGAGGGAAAAGUAGUAUUCUUGGGAGUUCGUACCCCUCUAAAUGUCAGUGACACCCGUUUGCAUUCCUCUGUGAACAGCCUGUGUUUGUUGCUGCGUGCUCUAACAUUUGUAGCUUUCCGGGUCUGUAUCUGUGUUGUUUAGAACAGCUCUGAAUUCUGUUCCCAUUAGGAAGAUACCUGAAGAUACCUGGCUUCAAAUGGGUGUGUGGCUGUGCUCCCAUCAGAAAUAUCCUUUGAUAUUUAUUUGUAUUUAAAUACAAUUUGUUGAAAUUCUUACAGCUCUAAAUAAACAUUUAAAAUGCA